CAGUAGGCGGUAAAUAAAGGCGCCGGUUCCAUACGCUCACGCGUCUUGGCAACGCACACUCUCUGCCCUAGCCGUGUGCCCUACCACUCUUCAAAGUUGAGCAGAAAGGCGGCGAUGUCUUCGAGCAUGGAUGCCGUCGUGCCCGACACUUUCUUGAUGCGUGACCCGCGGACGAUGGGCUGGCCGCUAGUUGGCAGCAAGCAGUUUCUAAUCACACUGCUUCUGGGCUACAUUUACUUGGUCAAGAUUGGUGGCCCGCGCUUCAUGAAGGGCCGCAAACCUUUCGACAACCUGAAGCCGGUGAUCAUGCUCUACAACUUGUCCAUGGUGUUCCUCAACGCGUACUUCGUAUACCACUUCCUGAUACGCUCGUACUUCGGCGGCGGCUACAGCAUCAUCUGCCAGGGCAUCGACUACCAAGCCCGCGACCAGACCACCAUGGAGUUCCUGGAGCUGUGCUACUGGUACCUGUGGGUGCGCAUUGCCGACUUCCUCGACACCAUCUUCUUCGUUCUGCGCAAGAAGGACUCGCACGUGUCGUUCUUGCACGUGGUGCACCACAUUCUGGUCGUUUUCAACGGCUGGUUCGGGCUCGCGUACGGACCCGACGGACAGGUUGCGCUCGGCCUGACGCUCAACAGCUUCGUGCACGUGGUCAUGUACUCGUACUACUUCUUGUCACUGCUGGGGCCCUCGGUGAGGCCCUACCUGUGGUGGAAGCGCUACUUGACCCAGUUCCAGCUAGUGCAGUUCAUCAUCAUGUUCAUCCACUGCACCAUCCCUGUGUUCAAGGAGUGCGGCUAUCCCAUGACCCACAUGAUGAUCACCAUUCCUCAAGCCCUGUUCUUCUUCGGCAUGUUCAUCCGCUUCUACGUGCAGGCCUACAACAAGCAGCCCGGCAAGCUCGCCGCUGCGGACAAGAGCCAGUAGGUUCGCGACGACCAGGCGAGUACGGGCUGCGCGGCUGCUCUGUCGCCGCACGGUGCGCGUUUGCCUCUCAGGCGGCAACUCUUCAAACACGCCGCUUGCAGACUUGCCGCCGGAAAGAUCUCUGUCCGAAUGACUGAUGCAGUGACGGAAAGUUUCCCGGCUUACGGAUGGCACGCGUUUGCCUGACGCCCAAUGUGCUGCAAGUCAGCGAGAGGACGCUAAUUCAUUGGUGCCUCGUAUUGCUAUGCCAGAUU